GGGUUGUCCCCGGAGUCCGACUCUCCGAGGGCCCAGCCUGAGCUCCAUCCAUUACUGCUGGACCACUCCGCACAACAAGGCGUCUCGAAGAAUCUUCCAAUAAAAAAAAUCACGAUGUUUCGUUUAACAAUCUGCAGCCUAUUGGUUAUCGCAGUCUCAGCUCAGCCUAUUUAUGAGUCUUCUACUGAGCUGUCUCAUAAAGUUGAGUCCACAGCUGCAAACAAGACAAUGACUAUUGACGAUGUCGAAAACGAUGAUCACGUAAAUAUCAUACGUGCUCUGUUAUUGGAGUGUAUGUUAGAAGAAGCUUCAUGGACAAAUUAUCGCGAAUCCAUGGAGGAAGGAUUACAAAUGAAAAUGACAGAGAGAAAUUUCUCAGCCUUCACUGAAGAAUUUAUGAAAAAUAUAACUGCAACCAGAAAAGCAAAAUGUGCGCCAAAUGCUAACCCGAAUGAUUACACUCCAAAACCCGGCUACGAAUUCACAGUGAUAGCAACUUACCAAUCUCCAGAAUCCAACGGUCAAGAAUCUUCGGAAAAUGGUGCCGAAAAUUCUCAUCAAGGAAAUGAGGAAGAUAAUGAAGAAAACCAUCAAUAUCCUUCUAAUGAUAUGUUUUCAGAAUAA